ACUAAAAGUUAUCUACCCCGCUCCCCUAUCUAGUCUAUCCGUUUCCGUAUAAGAUAAAAUACCCAAAUGAAUUUGACCUCGAAACUUAAAAAAAUUAAAUGUAUUGAAAGUAAAACUCACUGUGAAUGUAUAAAAGUUAAUUAAUUCGUGAUAAAAUUUUAUAAGAUACAAUUUUAAAAAUUGUAUUUAGAACACGUACUACGCGCGAAAGUAAUGGCUACAGAAGACUUCACCACAUUGACGCAUGUUUCUCCAGCACUCACCAAUGAGAAGCUUAGCAAAUCACUUACAGAAUGGUUUGGGGAACCAAUGGCCUUCACUCGCUGGGAGUACUUGAGUGAUACGGGUAAAGGCGAUUCCUAUCUGAGCGAACUUAUCAAAAUAAAGAUUCACGGCACCACCCGAGCUGGCGCAUCCAAAUAUGUACAAGUUAUAUUAAAAAAUAUACCCAAAAGUAUUUCUCGAAGACUCACAUAUAGAAGUGACGAGUUUUUCAAAAACGAAAUAAAUUUCUAUGUAAAAGUUUUGCCGGCGUUAAUAAAGUUUCAAUCGAGCAAAUCUGUUUCCGAUCCCUUUGACAAGUACGCCAAAUUAUUUCUAUCGUACAGUGAUGGUAUUAACGACGUUAUUUGUCUUGAAGAUGCAUCCUUGGAGAACUAUGGGAGCGCUGUCAGACAAGAAGGGAUAGAUUACAACCAUUGCAAGAUCACUUUCAAGGUGUUAGCACAGUUCCAUGCACUGUCCUUCGCAAUGAAAGAUCAACAACCGGAAGAGUUUGAGAAAAUCCGAACGGAAGUCUUCGAGACGUACUACCAUGACCGAUUAAGGGGCUGGUACACGAAAUUCUGGAAUCGAAUCAGUGGUAUAGCCAUAGAUGCUGUUGAAAAGGAGUACCCUAAUUCAAUUUACGUGGAAAAAAUUAAGAAGUUUGCCGUUCCGGAGCGAUACGAUGACAUGAUCGAGGCGGCGACGAAUACUCUUGAAACUGGUGUCAUAUCGCACGGAGACUCUUGGACUAACAACUUCUUGUACAAAUAUGUUAAUAGCACUCCGGUAGAUGCUAAAAUAAUUGACUUUCAGCUCUCGAGGUGUGCAUCUCCUGUGUUGGACGUGACUUUCGUGAUAUACGCAUGCACUACCCAGGAUAUGAGAGACAAAUACUACGAUGAAUUGUUGAAGUAUUAUUACCAAGUGCUGGCGAAACAAAUAAGGGAGUUGGGCAGUGAUCCGGAUAAACUGUACUCUUAUGAAGUUUACAUGGCCGAGAUAAAGAAGUACUCAUACUUUGGACUGGCGUUCAGUUUUGAAUCCACUCCGUUUAUUAUAUUAGCGCCUGAGGACGCCGUCAAUAUGGAAAUGAAGGGCGAUCAAAAGAUGAACAUUGAUGAUGUAUGGCAGAUCAAGCCGUUCAAAACGAAGGAAGGCAGACUCCGGGAGGCUAACAACGUGGUACAUUGCGUGGAUAGAGGUUACAUAUAAAGUUUAAAAUAUAAUAUCAAUAAAGGCCUGUACAGGUGACGUACAGUUUGCAGACAAAAUACCCCUUUAUACUACACAUGGGUAAUAUCCGUACCGCUUUGAUAUCUAUAUACUGGAUUCCUCUAAGACAUUCAUAACAGAAUAAGGUGAUUACCCAUAUCGAUAUCGCCCAUACUGGUUAUUAUUUAUUUAUUUAAGGAACACCAACAGCAUAUUGCAUUAUAACAUAUAUGUAUAACAAACAUUAAAUACAAUACAAUAUUAAUGCACACGCUUAUUAUAGGUAUUCACAGCAUUCACUUUAACAUAGUUGUACAGUGCGAGAAAAUGAAGUAAAUAAUAAAAACAAACAUGUGACCCAAGUUGUGAGCAAUAUCAGAAAAUACGAUUAUGAGUGAAUUGAAUUAAAGAAUUUUAAAAAAUAUAUAUAUUAUGACAAUUAGAGUUAAUUUUCAUAAAAUUGUUGUACAAAGUGCCUCAGCAAUUUAUUCCUGUAGGAAUUCGAAUUAUCAUGCACUAUAUCAAUUUCAGGUAAUUUGGCAUUAAUUUCAUUGUAUGACGCACUAAUCCUGCCCCAGAGGUUGAUGCAGUCCUGAGUUUGUUCUGCAGCGUUGUAUAUCUAUGUUAAUUUCAAUCGGAUUAGUAAUAUCAAUGUUAUAUUGGAUAAUUGAUAUUUACAUACAUACAUACAUAUCUGUCACGCCUGUCUCCCAUUAGGGUAGGCAGAAACAAUGGAACGCCAAAUGCUUCGAUAUUUAAUAUAUCCAUUAUUGGACUAAAAUAUAGAUGUAACUACAAUAUAUAGCUAUUGAUACAUGUUAUCCACCUUAAUUAGUAGGAGACACUGUCAAGCUUGUCUCCGGGACAGGCGGUACAGUGGGGACCUCGUACGGGUAAACGCAAUGUACACUUCUGUAUUUUCUGAUUUUCAACAUUCACUGUAGACAACAAAGUAUUUUUGUGCAUUUUUUAUUUUUUUAUUUUCUAAUGCUUUUAUUCUGUAGAUUAAUUUUAUAUAUGUUUAUUUUCAUCCCAUAAUAUUACAAUGAAUAUUAUGAACCCUAUUGGUUGCAAUAAAUUGUAAUAGAAUUUAAUUUACUGAUCUACAUUUCAUAUUAUAGUUUACUGUUGUUAUAUAUACUAUUAUAUUAAUUAUAAUGUUAAUUACGGACUUUUUCGUCCAUUAAUAUUUAUUAGUAACAAUGUUCUUAAAACUAAUGUUAGUAAAUUUACACGCACACGCACACACACGCACACGCACACAUGCACGCGCACACAGACACAUAUACAUAGUAUAAUAAUAAUAAUAAUAAUUUUUAUUUCGGACUUUUUUGGUUCAUUAAAUAUUAAUUAGUAACGAUAUUCUUAAAACUAAUGUUAGUAAAUUUACACACACACACGCACACACAUAAUAUAUUAAAUAGUAUACAGAUAAUCACUGCUGUACAAUUCCAUUGGAAAUUGCGCAGCAGUGAUUAACGUACACACAGUGCAGCCUGCACGCUAUCAUACUCAGGAUGCUGUCGGUGCUGGCACGUACUCUGCGCACCAGCGAUGCACACCUUGCCCGCAUCGUGGCAUAAAAACAAUCUACACGAUGCUUGGCGAAAAUCCCUGACGCGUUACAGAAUCGUGGCAGCCCCAUCAACACCCUGAACGCGUUAUUUUAAAUACCUAGUAAAAUUUUGUGAUGUUAAAUUAGUUAGCUACUUUUUACAAAAAAAAAAACUUUGUCUAGCCAAGCUAGCUCCUGGUGAUAUUACAUACUAUAUAUACAUAUAGAUACUACCUACUAUUUAUAAAUAAAUCCUUAGUCUAGCCAAGCUAGCUCUAUCCAGUGAUACCGUUUUUUUUUUCUUUAAUGGAUGAUAAUGAAAUGGUAACCCCGCCUGCGCUAUCGGUAUACGCCAGCGGGGCACCAGUGAGGGACGGUAGGUGACGAUGAGAACAGGUCAGUUAGUCCAUCGUGGCGAAUUUCACUAGAAUUAACCACGAUGGUUUCCAGGGGAAACCGCGUGGAGGUCGACCUGAUAGAGUGUAUUGCUAGCAACGGGUCAGUUAGACCCCAUUACUAGCAAUCCCUUUCCCCCAGUGAUAUCAUGUAGAUAAAUUGUAAACAUAAAUGUAAAUAUAUAUGUAAAAGCUAUAUAUAUAGAUAGAGCAUCGAGUCUUAAAAACGGGUAAAAUUUUUGUCAGCUAAUUGUCAAAUUAGCUGACUUGUUUUUUUUUUUUAUCAGUAUUAACAUAUCCCAUACUUACGCAUACAAUGUAUCUUGACGUAUUAUUUAAUAUUUAUGAAAUUGUUGACCUGUUUUUCUCAAAGCAUUUGUAUGGGAACACUCUGUCUAUAUAAUCUAAGAUAAUCUAAGGCAUAGAAUUUAUAUAAUAUACUAGCGGCCCGGUACGUGCUUCGCUACGUAUACAGUGAAAUAAUAAAAAAAUAAAAAAUUUUGCAUCAAUGUCGCUGACAAUUUGCUUUAAUCGAAGCACGUCCAAAAUGAAAGGAUCGCAUGAAUGACAUAACAACAUGCUUGUACUGUCAGUACUGAAAAAAAGUUUCAAUUUGACAGCACAAUCCCCAUCCUAAAAAAAGUUUGAAUUUGACACAAAAAUCCCCAUUAACAAAAUGAUCCGCCAUUUAUUGAAUUCAUUUGUUACGAAAAAUGUGAUAAACGAAGAACCGCUCGACAGAUUUUGUGCAAACUUCACAUAAACCAUCUACUAAAUAGUCCGAACAAAGCGUAAACAUUUGGUUUGGAUAGGUGAGCCCGUUCUUGAGUUAUAAAAUUACAACGAAAAGUGGCAUUAAUUUAUAUAUAUAUA